CGAUGUGUGUAGCAUCUCUUCUGAUUCAAUCAGAAUGGUUUUACUUGCAUUGCAUGGUCCACCAUUUAGACGGUCUGGAUUGUCCAACGACCGGACAUAGAGAUGCAUCGUGGGGCGGCAAUCAAUCAUCCUGGAAAGCUCCACCGUUUUUUCUUUUUUUUUAAAAGAUAUUCACCGACAAACCGCGUCACAAAGGCUCUAUAAAAGGGAGAUGGCCCCUCUCGAAAUCUUCAAACGAGCUUCUCAACCGUUCUUACUUUCCUUUGAGAUUUGAAAAUCAGUUGAAGAAAAAGAAAUGGCGGGAACCAACGUCUAUUCGGUUUUCAUUGUGUUUUGCUUGAUCUUGGUUUUGGAAAGAGCCAACGGUCAAUCCAACGGUUGGAUGGCCGGGCAUGCUACUUACUAUGGGGCUUCUCAGAACCCUACCAGUCUAGGAGGAGCAUGUGGUUAUGACAACACCUUCCAUGCCGGGUUCGGAGUCGACACUGCAGCCUUGAGUGGUGCACUCUUCAGAGGGGGUGAGGCCUGUGGUGCAUGCUUUCAGCUCACGUGCGACGCACAUCAGGACCCCAAGUGGUGCUUGCGGGGUACGGCAGUGACGAUCACAGCCACUAAUUUCUGCCCGCCGAACAACAACGGUGGAUGGUGCGAUCUCCCCCGUCAGCACUUCGAUAUGUCCUUGCCGGCCUUCUCGAAGAUCGCACGUGUGGGAAGUGAAGGGAUAAUCCCUGUGCUCUAUAGAAGGGUGCCAUGCAGGAGGACUGGUGGGGUCCGCUUCACCUUGAAAGGCCAAUCAAACUUCAAUCUGGUGAUGGUAACUAACGUCGGUGGUAGCGGCGAUGUGAGGGCCGCAUGGAUCAAAGGAUCCAAGUCGUCCGUUUGGGUGGCCAUGCACAGGAACUGGGGAGUGAAUUGGCAAAGCAACAUGGAUGUACGGAACCAAGCUCUGUCGUUCAAGCUCACCUUGGCCGACGGCAAAACACUACAAUUCUCCAACGCCGUCCCUUCCACGUGGAGAUUCGGAGAAACGUUCACUUCCCAGAAUCAGUUCACUUAGGAAGAUGAUAACAUAAUACAACCAUUGCAUCUUGUAUUAGUGAAAACUUGAAUUCUUUUCAUUAGAUUAACACCUAUUUUUUGGAAUUAUCACAUACGACCAUAGCGUGAUUAGUUUAUUAUUGUUUACCAUAUU